GCAGAGCUCGGGAGCCGCAGCUGGCACAGGCCACUGUCUCCGCCUGAUCCAUUCAUUGGAAACCGGUCUUUUCUCCGAGUCCAAGUUCCUCACGUGCUGCUGCUUAGAGCGGCGGGCAGCGACAUGGAGGAGACCAACGGAUACCUCGACGGCGCCCAGGCUCAGCCUGCGGCCCGUCCCCGAACGCCCGAGACGGGGACGAGCAAAGCGCAGCGCUGUGCUAGCUUUUUUCGGCGCAACGCGCUGGUGCUGCUCACCGUGUCGGGGGUGUUGGCGGGCGCCGGCAUGGGCGCGGCGCUUCGCGGGCUGCAGCUCACCCGCACGCAAAUCACUUACCUGGCCUUCCCGGGCGAGAUGCUGCUCCGUAUGCUGCGCAUGAUCAUCCUACCGCUGGUGGUUUGCAGUCUGGUGUCGGGCGCCGCCUCCCUGGACGCCAGCUCCCUCGGGCGUCUGGGUGGCAUCGCUGUUGCUUACUUCGGCCUCACCACGCUGAGUGCCUCUGCGCUCGCUGUUGCUCUGGCGUUCAUCAUCAAGCCAGGAGUGGGCGCGCAGACCCUUCAUUCCAGCAGCCUGGGGCUGGAGAACUCAGAACCUCCUCCAGUCUCCAAAGAGACAGUGGACUCUUUCCUGGAUUUACUCAGAAACCUGUUCCCUUCCAAUCUUGUGGUUGCCGCAUUCUCUACGUCUGCAACCAGUUACACAGUGGUCGUCCAUAACUCCAGCUUGGGGAACGUGACCAAAGAGAAGAUCCCCGUCGUCACUGAUGUGAAAGGGAUGAACAUCUUAGGACUGGUCCUUUUUGCCCUGAUGUUAGGAGUGGCUCUAAAGAAGCUAGGCCCCGAGGGAGACGAGCUCAUCCGAUUCUUCAAUUCCUUCAAUGAGGCAACAAUGGUGUUGGUGUCGUGGAUCAUGUGGUACGUACCUAUCGGCAUCAUGUUCCUGAUCGGAAGCAAGAUUGUGGAAAUGCAGGACCUCAUCGUGCUCGUGACUAGCCUCGGGAAAUACAUCUUCGCCUCUAUACUGGGCCAUGUUAUCCAUGGAGGAAUUGUUCUGCCUCUUGUCUAUUUUGCUUUUACGAGGAAAAACCCGUUCACGUUCCUCCUGGGCCUCCUCACCCCGUUUGCGACGGCUUUUGCGACCUGUUCCAGCUCAGCAACCCUUCCGUCUAUGAUGAAGUGCAUCGAGGAAAACAAUGGCGUGGACAAGAGGAUCAGCAGGUUCAUCCUUCCCAUCGGGGCCACAGUCAACAUGGAUGGGGCCGCCAUCUUCCAGUGUGUGGCUGCAGUGUUCAUCGCCCAGCUCAACAACGUGGACCUGAACGCGGGACAGAUUUUCACCAUUCUGGUGACCGCCACCGCAUCCAGUGUUGGAGCAGCGGGUGUGCCGGCUGGAGGGGUCCUCACCAUUGCCAUCAUCCUAGAGGCCAUUGGACUGCCCACGAACGACCUCUCUCUGAUCCUGGCUGUGGACUGGAUUGUGGACAGGACCACCACUGUGGUGAACGUGGAAGGGGAUGCCCUGGGAGCUGGGAUCCUCAACCACCUGAAUCAGAGGACAGUGAAGAAGGGUGAGCAGGAGCUGCAAGAAGUGAAGGUGGAAGCCAUUCCCAAUUCCAAGUCUGAGGAGGAGACGUCGCCCCUGGUGACACACCAGAACCGGGCAGGCCCUGUAGCCGUUGCUCCUGAACUCGAAUCCAAGGAGUCAGUGCUGUGAUUGGGCUGGGUCUUGGGCCAUCCUGCUAGUACCAGCGACCUACCCUGGUAGCCUGCCCCACUGACGUGGGCAUGGCCCUCACAGACUUUUCGUCUCCCAAGGAAUGCGUUGGCCCAAUCACUAAUCUGAGAGUGACCUCUCAGCACAGUCAUGGAGCUCCCAAGCCAGGACUGCUUACCGAGGACUAGAACACUCUGACCUUUGUCUUGAUCCAUGUCUCAAUGGAGCUGUGGAUUCACCUUGACUCUGUUUGUGAACCCCCUUGAGCUGCCAGACCUCAGGGAUCCCAGGUUCAUGGAGGCCUGGGAUAAAGGUCCGGGUUGGGGUGGGGGUGCGGAUGGAUUCUUCAGUGUCUCCCGGGAGCUCUGCAUCUGGUGCUUUCUGGGCGAGCCAGAAGGGUUUACAGCUGUCAAUCACACUGUCUCCAUAGCAGCAGACACUGAAGGACCUCCCAGGGACCUAGACUGAGCUGGAAUCAGCUGGGCUCACUCUUGCGUUAACGGAGCGUGCUCCACUUGUGCCGGAGGCCUCUAAGGGAGCAGAGGUAAAACGAGUUAGAGACCCUCCGUGUGAUGUUAGCACAGCUGGUGUCUCAGCUUGAGUAAAACGUAAGAGGUCAGAGGCAGACUGGGGACCACCCUAAAGAGGAUGGGACAGGCUUGCUCCCAUUCUACACAGAGGCGCUUCUCUGCUCCAGCCAACACUUCCCCUCCAUUUCCAUUGGGAUUCAGCACCUACAGUAGUAGGACCUCCUCCUCCAGGAGGGGUGAUGUGGUCACAGCCUUGCCGGCUCAUUGGUCAGUCUGUAUUACUACGGUUUGACUAGGCCCCUCCUAAAAUACAGCCAAGCUACGAAAUCAUAUACACCCCCCAAUAAACCCACGCACUGAUCAAGGCUCUGGUCCCAGGCACCUGUCUGGUUUCCACAGUAAAUUACUUGGCUUAUGUGCAGCCUAUGGUUAGUCCUGGGUCCCAUGUAACCUGCCUCUUACGUACUUCCGUUGGGACCUGACAAGGCCAAGGAUAGAUCUGUGGGAAUUAUUGUUUUGCUCCUUGGAAGCCAAAUUCUAACACCUGUAAGUGCCCAGUUUACCUGAGCGACGGCUUUCUCCAUGAAGACCGCCUGUUGGCCCGAGCGGCUCUCCUGAACUGUCAUCCUCAUACUUCAGAGCUCGAGUUCCGAAGGGUUGUGAAGACAUUCAACAUUGUUACUGUCAAACACAGUUUCUGCCAACCCCACCCGUAACAGGAGAUUUAGUCCCUAAGUCACUGGCUUCACUCUCUUGCUUCCUCUGCUGGGAUAUCACCGGACCCACACAUACUUGAGACAGGUCAUUUUAAAAUGGCGCCUGUGCCUGAGUGAAGGGGUGGGCCAGGAGCAGAGUCCACACAGCCAGGGUGAAAGCCCAGAUCAUUAAACCAACUGAGCCACUCCAGUCUCCGGUGGGGCCAGGAACGACCAGGAACUGAGCAGGGAGUGGCAAACCUUGUUGCCAACACUGUUUUUUUUUUAAAGGGGAAUCAAUCACAUUGAUUAUAAGUGAGCAUUUGGUAUGUUUUUUAAGUUUCAGUGUAUCUUUUCCUCUGUAUUUACAUAUACUUUGUGUGUGCGCGUGUAUGUGUGUGUGCACACGUGCACUCGUACACGUGUGCACACACACAUGAAUGCUUUUAGCUCCAAGCAAGUCUGAGUUUGGAUAAAGGGGAACUAAAGUACAAAUUACAUCUUUGGCAUCCAUUCUAAAGAGUCUUAUUAAGUACAGAUUGGAGCUGGACAGUGAAGCCCACCGGCUGGACACCCACAUCUCAGUCUGGACCCACGGUAAAGAGUGCUGCUGUGGACGGAGGAAGGCGCUUCUGUGCGACAUUGGGAUUUCCCUCUUGGAGGCCACAAGAGGAGGCUGUUCCAUGCCUCCCUGAAUUUUGGCUCUCAGAGAGGUGGAUGGAGUUUUGUUAACAGGGAAGACACCACCACAACCGUCUGAAACGUCUCCUUGGUAUUUUUCUAACAUGUUCAUCUCUCGAUGUUUGUGUGUGUGUGUGUGUGUGUGUGUGUGUGUGUGUGACAUUUGCCUUAAAACGUAGCACAGCCAUUAAAAAUGAGUACCGUAUUUUUUACUUUCACCUGCCCGAGUCCUGUUUUGUAUUUAAUGGAGCUCUCCCGAUUCUAGGGGAUGACCUAGGGCAUCUGAAUACAGCCUUCCUUUCCCUUUUCAGCCAGCCCGAGACCCUGGGGUAAGAAGGAUGGCUUCCUCAGAAGGGAAAUGUCUCUCAUAACUGGUGUCGUCCUUCUGCCUGUGGCAGCCUGUCUAUAGCUCAUGGCCAUAAUGUCUGUGUUGGUUUCUCACUCCCUGUGAUUAGGGCUCUGACAUCCUGCCAUCUGGCAGGAGUUAGGCUUUGCCACAAACCCUCAGCCUUGAGUGUUGUCGGAACAACUAGGUUGACAGGAGUUAAUUAAGCAUCCAUGGUUAGCCAGGCACGGGAGCAGGAACAAGCCCCAUACCGUAACUGGGCAAGUCCCUAUUACCUCCAGGCAAGCGGGUGCCCAUGCUUGUACUUGGGUCACCGCCAUGCCCAAGUCACACUCUUACAUAAUCCUGUCUUCCCUUUUUGAGAAAGACGCUUUUGGUUUUGGAGACAGGGCAUUACUGUGUAACCUAAGUUGGCCUUGAGCUGGUGAAACUCCUGCCUUCAGCUCCCCAAGGACUGGGAUGACAGGCGUGCAGCACCUUACAUCGCCCUGCUUUCAAUGACUUCACAUUCCUGCACUACAGGGAGCUCCAGAAGCUCACACAGGAAGCUUUGGUUUCCAGACCCCGGGGCUCUAGGGAAACAACAGAUUCCUGGAUUCCCGUUCUGACUUGUAUAACACCAGCUCUUCAUAUAGUGUGGAAAUCGGCUUUAAUUCCUGUUAGGAGCAAAAUGGAUGAAAGGGUUUCCCUGGAUCAAAGGCCCGAUGGCAGCUGGGACAACCAUGUAGACUCCUCCCUGGAACUUUUUGAGGUGUUCGGGGGUUGAAAUUAGGACCUGGUGAGUCAGCUUCCCAAGGUAGUCAGAGCAAGAGCAGUGUCCAUUGGCUUAAGCCAAGUCUGCCCCAGUGUUGGGCAGGUCUGUUAGAACUCGCCUGAUCAAAGGAAAUUUCUGUUAACCCCCAUGAAUGAUCCAAACCACACAGCCAGGAGGCUCACCAACAGUCAGUUCUUGAUUCUGCCGUUUGCUUCUCUGUGACCAGGGUGCAGUCCCUGGUCUCCCAUGCCUCAGGGUCCUCAGACAGAAAGGUGGAUCAUAGCCGUCGCAGUGACAGGCCAUCGGCAAGAGCAGGUGACUCCCAUGACAGGUAGUCUUCAGGAAGGUGACUGGCACGUUGAAUGCACUGUGCGCACGCUGGUUUUCACAUCAAAUAGUAGCUGGGAAUGUUCCUCAUCGGAUGGUGUCCCUUUGUGGCUAGGUCCAUGUUUUGCAAACGUUUUUGUGAGGAGACCAACACCUAUUUAUCCAAAUAGGGCACCAACGACACACCACGCACCAAAGAGUCCACUUGAGUCUAGCUUGGGAAACAAUGGGUUUAAUUAGGGUUGCAUAAAGAAUCAUGGGCAGCUUAUGGGCAACUACGUCAUUGAAGAAAAUAGAAAUACCUCUCCCCCUCAUGAGUCUUAGCUGCCUGUAAAUCUUGGAGCACGUCUCAUGUGUGACACACACACACACACACACACACACACACACACACACCCUGGGGGAAAUUAAUGGGCCCAACCUUGUACAGGUCUCCUUUAGGCAACCAGAGCUGCUGACACAAGGGCCAAGUCACGCCUAGGAGACUGUUCUACAACACUCACCCUUUUGUCCAACUUACAUUCCUCGUUCCCCGAUGUCCCAUUUAUGGCUCAACAUUCAACAGUCACUUCUUCUCAGGACUCUGAUGACGUAUGAGUCUCUUCGGUAACUGCUACCCUUCCUAAAAGGAAGCUUCUCUGACUAGAGGUGAGAGCAAUGUAGUCUAUGGACAUAAGCAUAAAUAUUUAAAGGCAUCUUGACAGAUAUAUCCAGUUAGCAAAACAGCAGCAGUAGCUUCCUCACCAGAGCUCAUGACCUCUUAGCCCCGGGCUUCUGACCAGAUGUGAAAUCCUUUGUGCAGAAUGGGCCUGAAAUCCAACCAGAGAGCAGCUGGGUACACUCAAAGCAGUCCAUCAUUGAACCAGUGGGCCCACCUCGCCUGGAAUUUUGGUGGUAUAUAUAGCUCCCAGGCUCCACAGCUGAGUAGGACUGUUGACAGCUCUCCCCCAGAGCCUACGUAGUGCCUUCGAGCACUGUGGAAGUUGGCUAGUAAGGGGGAAGCUCAUGGCUCUGUCCCUGCUUCACUGUCCUGUGUCCUACACAAAGCAUGGAGCACCCAUGGGGCUUCUUUACCUUGGUGAACAAGCAGCAGCAGAGAAGGCAGCCUGUGCUGCUCAGGGGGUCCUGGAACUCCUUGACCAACAACUAGGGAGUCAGGCUGCACCAGCACUGGGACUUUUAUCUAACAGCCGUCAGGUUUCUAGAGGCCUCUUUUUCAAUAUCACAGGGCACUUCCUUUCAGACUUUCUAACUAUAAUCCUGAUGUUGACAGGCAUCAGCUGUUACAGACAAAAGAAGAAAAAAGAAAGAGAAACCCUUACCCUCUUCCUACCCAUUACUGAGGGACUUUCCUGUCCUAUCCUGGUGUGCCCCAACUCAAGGCUCAGGCCCAGGCUCCAUUUGUGCUGGAGAAUUCAGAAAGGACGAUCUCAGGAAUCUCCUAGAAUCUUUCAAGUCAGAUUCUCGAACUUGAAGUAUGUGUCAUAGGUAAUUUCAGCCUUUUUUGGUUCUUAUUAACACAGCACUUCAGACUAGGGGAGUUAAAAAGAAAAUGUUCAUGGGUCUGGAUGUCCAAAGUUGAAGGCUUGAAUCUAGUGGUGACCUCACCACCUGAAGCAGAACAUGGUAACAUAGCAGCUACAGCCCGUCCCUUCUGGUCUCUCUGCUGAUGCAGCCACCAGGAGUCAACAAUGAAGGCUUUGAUACUAAUCACUUUCAAUAGGACAUGCCUCUAAAAGUCAUGGAGAUGAUUGGAUCAUCAGGCUCUUACCUCACCACUGGCAUUAAAUUUCAACAGGUUCAAGUGGCUUUUACACAUACACUUUCACAGGACUCAUAAUACAGCUGUGUCCCAACACUGCCUGUAGAGAAAGAGAAACUAGGAGUGGCUCAGGAGUCAUCUGUCUUCGAAACUAGUUUCAGAGACGUCCUCAGCUUAGUGGAGAACCGCUAUCUCAAUAUGUCAUUUCUUGGAAGGCUAGGCUAUAAUUCAUAUGCUUUAAAAUUCAUCCCCAUGCUCUAGAGGCUAGAGAAGUGGCUCAGCCUUUUUAGAGCAUGACUGCUCUUACAGAAGACUCCAGUUCAUCUCCUAGCACCUUUAUUGAUCAAUUUACAACCACCUGCAACUCCAACGUAUGCAUUUACACAUGCACAUACGCAGAGAAAUAGAUACACAUGCAUAUAAUUUUUUAAAAAAAUCUUCAAAGUAUAAGCGUGUGUGAGUGUGUGUCUGUGUGUUUUUGUGUGUGCUCGCAUGUGUGUGUGGGCACACACGCCUGCACGAUUCGGUAUUUUCCGGUAUUUUAGGAACAUGCAGAAAACGUGACAACAGUGAUGUGGUUACAAAAGAUUCUCACCCUCAUCCCAACAACGAAGCUGCUUCCUGUCUCUAUGGAUGUGUCUAUCCUGACAUCUCAUAUGGCUGGGAUGGUAAUAUCUUUUUCUCUUAUAGAGAAAUUCCAGGUAAAGAUGACUGAUGUUAAAUGUGACCCCUGCCCAGCUCCCACUCUCCUCAUACACUUACAAGAGAUGAUCCCUAAAACAACAAAUUCAGCUUGGAGUAUGCAGACUCAUUCUACAUCUGCUCAGCAAGGUCUUUUCCAUCGGGGACCGAGUUGGGGAAAGAUUAGAGGAGCCUUCUGACCUGCCCGUCAUAACCGAUGUUGAGCUGUAAACCACUCGCUAAGUUAAAUGGGGUUAACCCCAGGGAUAACCCUGGGAAGGUAUUCUGCUAAUUCUGGUCUGGCUGCUACACUGUGUAGGACCAUCAAGGUAUAAUUCAAGUGUGUGCUGUGUGAGUGACUCUCCCUGCAGUUGUGAAGUGCACAGCCUUCAUAGUUGUACAUGACAGCCCUGGACAAUAAGGGUGAGUGACAGUUUAAAGAUUUACCCACACUCUGUCGUUGUUUUGUUUUGUUUUGUUUUGUUUUGUUUUGUUUUUUAUAAGAUAAGCUUCCUCUACAUAUUCCUAGCUGUCCUGGAACUCACUCUGUAGACCAGGCUGGCCUCAAACUCAGAGAUCCACCUGCCUCUGCCUCCCGAGCUUUGGGAUUAAAGGCCAGAUCCAAUUACCUGGCUUGACUCACACUCUUUUUUUUGAAAAAAUUUUAUAUUUAUUUAUUUAUGUAUAUGAGUACACUGUAGCUGUCUUUAGACACACCAGAGAGGGUAUUGGACCCCACUAUAGAUGGUUGUAGGCAACCAUGUGGUUGCUGGGAAUUGAACUCAAGACCUCUGGAAGAGCAGUCAGUGCUCUUAACCACUGAGCCAUCUCUCCAGCCAAGAUUCACACUCUUAACAUGAAUAUGUUUCAUCCUGUUUAACAAAAGUAAAACAAAACGGGUUUUUGUUUGGUUGAGUUUUUUGGGGGUUUUGCUUUUUUUCCUUUUAACAGGUGUGGGUAAUGAGUCUUAAAGGCAGUAGGAUUGUGGUCAAGAGGAGUCUCCUUAACCAUAUUUACCACUCACAUGGGUUUUUCUGUUUCCUCUGUGAUGCCCAUUUAGCAAGGGUGUGGGUGUGGGGGACGCAAGCUGGCAGUUUGGUGGAGCUGAGCCAGGUCAGGCGGACACUGGCCGAGGUGGCCGAGGAGUGGUUGGCUGGUGAGAGAGCGAUCUCGGAGCUCUGGCUUGGCAAAGCUAGACAGGAUAAGGGGUAGAGUGUGGGCUAGCAAGAGCAUGGUCCUGAAAGGGUGAAGAGCACAUUUUAAAAUUAUACUACAUUGACUAAAAACUUCUUUAACAACACUUAACUGGGGUUUUUCCAUACAUUCUCUUAGGAUAUAAAAAUUUAUCCUUGAGCUGAGACCAGAGGCUAGUUGGUAGAGUGCUUACCAAACAUGAACAAAGUCCAUCCUACCUCAUAAACUAGACAUGUACCAUACUCCUGUUUCCCCAGCACCAGAGGCCAAGGUCAUCCCCAACAGCAGUGAGUUUGAGACCUGCCUUUUGAAAGAUCCUGCCUCGAAAACUAUCAUAUUCGUCUUCUUUUCUUUGCUCUGCUGUAUAAAAGUUGGCACACAGGGGAAACCCAUUAACUUUACAAGGAUUGCAAAUCAAUUAGGGUUUUCAGCAAAAUGUUUGAAAAGGAUGGAUUCUCACUGUGUUUCCUGAAUUGGUACCAAACUCCUGGAUGCAACAGUCCUCCGACCUCAGCUUUCUAAGUAGGUAAGUCUAGAGAUACACACUACAGCCCCUGACCUUCAGAAGCCGUGUUUGAUGUGUGUGAAUGGGCAUGUUUGUCUAUGUACCACAUGUGUGCCUGGUGCUUGAAGAAGCCAGGAGAGGGCGUUGGAUCCCCGGGAAUUGAUCCAUGUCCUCUGGAAGAGUAUCCAGUACUCUUAACCACUGUUACGUCCAGUUCACAAGAACCCGAGGAGACUGCCAGAGAUCAUGAUUCCGAAGCAAGCACACAAGACCCUUUUAUUCGUGUGUCAGUGAAAUCUCUUCACGUAGACCCAUUCUCCUGGUCAAAACUUUUGUGGUCCUGGAACCGGGCCUGCUUCAUGGAGGGCACACAGUUUAGGCCAAACAUACUUAUGAGCGCACUGGGUUGCUCUGACCCAAGUUAUUAACUUAUCAUUUUCUAAUUUGGUAACAGCUGCCGACUGUAAGUUAGGUACAAUGGGGGCAGGGACACCGUACACAAUCUCAAAAGGGGUUCAUCUCAUCUGGUAAGAAUUCCUUACCUGAUAUGGAGCAAAGGGAAGGAGCAUCACCCAGUCUCCAGCAGUCUCUGAGGUCAAUUUAAUUAAGGUCUCUUUAAUGUUCUGUUCAUCCUUUCUACCUGUCCCAAACUUUGGGGUCAGUAUGUACAAUGUAAUUUCCAACCUGCCCCAAUAAACCUUGUGACAUCCUGGCUUAUCUUGGACACAUAUGUUGAUCUGACCCUCUCAUAUGAGGGAAUCUAUACCUGAGUGAGACAUCCUUCAGCAACUUCUUGGUCACUACCUUUGCAGUCUCUGUCUUCGUUGGGAAUGCUUCCAUCCAUCCACAGAAGGUGUUGAAGAACACCAGCACGUGCUUGCAGCCUACUCCUCUGGUUUGAGUUUUGUAAAAUGAACUUCCCAGUAGACCCUCUGUCUCAGACCUCACAACCGAGAGCCUAGAUGUUUGGCAGUGUCGUGGGUGUUGGUUAGAUGGCAAACUGCAGUUUGACACUAUUCCUCAAUAGUAUUCUGCAUGUCCCUGAAAGUCACCUUAGAUCGUCUCACCGCAUCGGCCAGCCGACGUGAGUGACUCUAUGGAUUUCCCUGAGGAUGGCUUUUGCUGAGGAAGUGGGUAAUAUUAGCUUACCUUCAGCCGUUUGCCACCAGCCUUCUGAGCGUUGGCUCAUGGGCUGAUUCUUAGCCCAUUUGAUCUCUCCCUUCACACAGACAGGGCAUUCCGGCAAGCUGGGAUUGGGUGGCUCAGGCAGGACAGUAGCCAACAUGGAGGCAGUCGUGUCUUCCAGGGCUACCUCCUUAGCGGAUCGCUGGCUAAGUUGUUACCUCUAACCACUGGUGUCCUUCCUCUUCAAUGGCCUGGACAGUGUGUGAUGGCCACCCUCUUUUGGCAACCGGAGAACUUCAAGUAGCUGUAGGGUUUUAUCAUUAUUUUUGAUAGUUUUCCACUCUGCAGUUAGGAGCCCUCUCUCCUGGUAAAUAGCUCCAUGCGCAUGAGCAGUUGCGAGUGCGUGCGGGCUGUCCGUAUAAGUGUUAGCGGCCAGUCCUCUUCGCGUGCUGAAGGCCUGGGUUAGCGCUAUCAGUUCGGCCCUUUGAGCUGAAGUACCUGGGGGAAGAGGCUGAGCCCAGAUUACCUCCGUUUCCAUGGUUACCGCUGCUCCCGACUUCCUCUGACCUUCGAGGAUGAAGCCGCUUCCAUCUACAGAUGGGCCAGAUCAGGGUCAGGAAGAAGAGUCGCAGGUUUCAAGGCUGGACAGGUUUGCUGCUGUUUUUUUGGUGGUUCAGGGACCCGAGCUUAGCGCCUCACGUGUGCUAUGUAAGCAUUCGACCAAUGAACUACGUUUGCAGCCCCAAAUGUGUUUUUAAUACUUGUCAGGACUGAUAAGCGUCACGUCAGACUGGAUCAUUACCAUUCGCUUACACACUCGGAUGUCUCUGUUCACUGGCAGGCAUUGCCUGGAGAGACUUCAGCCUCCGGAAAAAGACCCGGCUCCCUCUGCCAUGGCUCAGCCCUGAAGCUUACUGUAUAACAUAAUAAAUGUCUGCAAAGAGAA